UUAACACGAUCGUAGAGCGUAGAACGUCGCUUCGCUGAUCGCUCGUUCGCUCGCACGCUCGCACGGUCGCUGGUUCGUUCGUGAGGUCGGCUAUGAGCUCUGACGCUUAUAAAAGUAGCAAGGACAUACGUCUGGGCCAUUAGUCGAAAUCUAUUAACGCACAACGCGAAGUCGUCUGAAUUUGGCGUUGGCGAGUGUUGAAAACAAUUCAUUCAUUAAUUAACAACUCAAAACAAAAUCAAAUAAAUUAAAUAAACGCGCUUUAUAAUCAAUUUAAAAAAAUAUAUUUAAAUACAGUAACGUGAAAUAAAAUUAUGUUUAAUUUUUUAAACAUUUUCAAUGAAUACAACACGGUAAAUAAGCAACGGCUUUAAGAGUUUGUAAAAAAAUACAAGAAAUAUUUUCAAUAAAAUUGCUAAAAACAAAAGUGUUAAAAAUAUUGCAAUCAAAGACAAAAACUGCAGCGGUUUUGCAGUAAAAAAUUUAGUGAAGAAAAACUUUUUUGAAAAAAUUAAAUUUAAACAGACAAAAUGUUCGCCAAUUCAUAUUUUAUAAAAUUGCUAACGCGACAAUGCACAACCAACGAUCUGCAGCACCUGUUGCUCGUCUUCUUCACAGUGCUGACAGUGAUCUGCUUCCUGCAGAGGCUCUUGAACGCCUAUCGGGAGCUGCGCAAGUUGCCACCGGGUCCAUGGGGUUUCCCCGUUAUCGGUUACCUCUUCUUCAUGGGCAACGAGAAGCACACGCGCUUCAUGGAGUUGGCCAAGCAAUAUGGCUCGCUCUUCUCCACGCGUCUGGGCAAUCAAUUGACCGUAGUGAUGAGUGAUUAUAAAAUGAUACGUGAAUGCUUCAGGCGCGAGGAGUUCACCGGCAGGCCGGACACGCCGUUCAUGCAAACCCUGAAUGGUUUUGGUAUCAUCAAUAGCACCGGCAAGUUGUGGAAGGAUCAGCGUCGUUUUUUGCACGAAAAACUACGUCAAUUCGGCAUGACUUAUAUGGGCAACGGAAAGCAUGUCAUGGAGAAGCGUAUUAUGACCGAAGUACACGAAUACAUACACAAUUUACGCGUCUCUGAUGGCCAACCCAUGGACAUGGCGCCCGCUAUCAGCGUAGCCGUUAGCAAUGUCAUCUGCAAUAUUAUGAUGUCCGUACGUUUCUCCAUUGAUGAUCCGAAAUUCCGCCGUUUCAAUUUCCUCAUCGAAGAGGGUAUGCGUUUAUUUGGUGAGAUACACACCGUCGAUUAUAUACCCACCGUACAGUACUUCCCCUCGAUUUUGACUGCCAAAACGAAAAUCGCCAAGAAUCGCGAGGAAAUGCAGCGUUUCUAUCGUGACGUCAUCGAUGAACACAAAAAGACCUAUGAUCCCACGAAUAUACGCGAUUUGGUCGAUUUCUAUUUGGCUGAAAUUGAGAAAGCCAAGGACGAGGGACGCGAUGAGGAGCUGUUUGAUGGAAAAAAUCAUGAGGAACAAAUUGUUCAAGUCAUCAUCGAUCUCUUUUCCGCCGGCAUGGAGACAAUCAAAACCACUUUGCUCUGGAUCAAUGUCUUCAUGCUGCGUAAUCCUGAAGCGAUGCGACGCGUACAAGAGGAACUCGAUCAGGUGGUCGGACGUCAGCGUUUGCCUUCCAUUGAGGAUUUGCAAUUUUUACCAGUGACCGAAUCGACAAUUUUGGAAUCGAUGCGUCGCUCUUCGAUCGUGCCGCUCGCGACCACACACUCGCCAACAAGAGAUGUUGAAUUGAACGGUUACAAAAUCCCCGCCGGCUCACAUGUCAUACCGCUCAUCAACAGCGUACACAUGGACCCCAAUUUGUGGGAGAAACCCGAAGAGUUCAAUCCACGUCGUUUCCUCGACUCCGAGGGCAAAGUGCGCAAACCAGAGUAUUUCAUACCCUUCGGUGUGGGCCGACGCAUGUGUUUGGGUGAUGUGUUGGCGCGCAUGGAACUGUUUCUCUUCUUCGCCUCGUUCAUGCACAGCUUCGACAUUACGCUGCCCGAAGGACAACCAUUGCCCAGUUUGAAGGGCAAUGUAGGCGCCACCAUUACACCGGAAACCUUCAAGGUAUGUCUAACGCCGCGGCCGCUCACGCUCAAAAUUGAUGCCAUGAAAGCACCAGCUGAUUUACAAGACGCACGCACAUUAUAAAUGCUGAAAAUGUCAAAUGUCAAACUGUUUGACACCCGCGCUUAUAACUAAGUGUGAGCGAGAGAGAGAGAGAGAGAGAUGUGAGCGUGGGAGUAGUGUUUGCUGCAGGCGACUACUUGCAGUUGAAUGGCGUAUGCGCUUAGUAGUGCGCGCACAACAGCGCGCAUAUGCUAACAAGCGCGCGCGUGAGAGUGAAAGAGCGCGGUAGUGAAUUGGAGACAGCGCGCACGUGUGCGCAUAUGCGCUAUAUUGCGCGUAUUUAUGCGCGCACACAUUUGCAGACGUUUGGCGUACCAGAGCACGGUUUUGUUCCUAAUUGACGAUUUCCAAUUGUCGAUAAAACAAACAACAAAAUAUUUAGUACAUACAUAUUUUUAAAUGAUAACAACGAAUAAGCUAUACGAUUUUUAAAAUUUUGCUAUAUAUAUUAUAUAUAUAGUUAUCUAAAUAGUUAAUAUAUGCAUUUAUGGCAUAUAAGCAGAUGGAGAGAGAGCAGAAUAAUGAAGAAUGAAGUAAAUGUAUUUUUCUAGUUUUUAAAGUGAAAAAGUAGCGAGCGCGUACGGUUAUGUGAAAAGGUGGCUUAAGCCAAGCCGUCUUUUUGUUACACACAAGACAAUAUUUAUUUGUUUCAUAGUAUUUUUUAUACAAAUUUUUCAAAUAAAGCGCAGAUAAUACAAUAUUUCACAGAUAAAUGAGAAAAGCUUCCGCUUACUGCGCAUACUUGCAGUUUUUUUUGCAUUCGCGCUGCAUUUUUUUAUCCGUGAAACACUGUAUUAGCGUUGUAAGUGCUCGUAAGCAUAGUUAGUUACAGUUAGUGCGCAUUUACAGUUAUUACAGUUACUUGCGCAGCUGUUUAUUAGCCACGCUUUUGUUGCUAACUUUUUU